AAAUUUUAUAUAUGAUAUAGUUUGAAUAUAUUGCUUAAAUUGACUUAGGAAAUUAUUUCUAAUAGAAUAUCAUUCCCAUGUUUGUUACUUGAUAGACUCGAGGAAUUAUAACUUCAAUUCCACCAAUUACGAUGCUUGGGACAAAGAGAAUCUUGCUGAAUAUUUUUAAAGAGAAGCAACAGAAAACUGCUGAAGCUGGCACAAUACCAAGUUUCUACAAAAAGAAACCUGAAGAAGGAUCCAUCAGUCACAGGAUUCAGAGGCUGGCAAACUAUCGAUUUCUAAUGAUACAACCGUUUAAGUACUUGUUAUGAUUACAGAUUACAAAAGUUUGUGAUGAUCUGCUAUAAUUUUCAUUCACAUUCUUGAUUCAUUUUUGCAGAAGCAAUCAGAUCUUCUGCUAAAUGCUGAUGAUGGAUGCAACGUGGGUUUGUUUAAGAGAAAAUUGUGUGUUGAUGAUGCCACUGGUGCAGAAAAGAUGAACUAUGAAGAUUAUUGCCGUAUUGCAUCUGUAUGUAUAGAGCAAAUAGGCCCUAAAUGUCGACUCUUCUUCGGCCCUUCAAACUUCAUGAAGUUAGAGAAAGAUGAGUCAGGAAGGAUUGCCAUUUUGCCCUUUUAUUUAUAUGUUAUGCGGACUGUGAGUGAUUUAUUGAUAUUACUAUACUAUAUACUACUGUUAUCCCUUCAUAAUUUUUUAUAUCCUUGGGUUGGCUACUCUAGGAUAGUGGUUUUUUAUUUUUAAUUUUAAAUUUUAUAAAUUUUAUAAAUUUAA